AUGUCUACGGUUGAGGAUGUGGUCUCAACGAUAUUGUCUGACCGUAGUCAAGGAGCCCACGGUGGAGCGCCUUCUUGCCAUAUGUCCCUGGCUCCGGCAACGAAACCAAUUGCGAGAACCAUGACCUCCUUGAUUCGAGGGAAGAGCACAGGAGUUGUUGGCUCGCCCCUCCGUGUGUACUGUAUCCCUCCUCCUUCACGAACCCAUUGUAGGGUAGUACCUCAUCGUGCUAAAAGCGCUGCUUGCUCUGUACAAAGACAGUGUUCACCCGGCACCUUUUACCCCCCUGUUCACCAGCAGAAGCGGCCUGAGCAGGAGUCUUUUGAUGAGGUAUCUCUCCUUUUAGAUGAUCAAUCUGUUAGUAGUUCGAGGGACAAUUUGUGCACACACAGUGAUGAUUCUCUAGAUAUCCCCAUUAGAGAGACCGCCAGGGACUUAAGCGAGAAGCAGGAAGAUGCACAAAGUUGUAGAUGCUCUCAGAUAGAUGUCUCGAGCCGGACCCCGUGGACUACCUCCUGCACAGUUCGUGACUUUGGUAUUCGGGAGUACUCUAGAAGGAGAGUCGUAAACGACGGUAUCAACCAGUUUGUCGACAAUCCAUCUAAUACAACUGCUGACCCAACCAAUGCAUGUAAGGGCCAGCUUCUGAGUCCACUGAGAACUAUUUUAUUAAAGCGUUCCAAAGCUACUGCGAUGCCUGGUAUAAUUUACGAACACAUACCUCGCAGCGUAUCGGCAGUACAGAUAAAUAAUACACCAUCAUCGGAAUUUUCACAGCAACGUCUUCUUGUAAGCCAACCUGAUUCCAAUGGUCGCAUUCCUCUCACUCUUGUCACAGACAUACCACCUAUUGACCCAAAGCAAACGUCUACUGAAUACAGGAAGAGCACCGACCCAAAGCUGUCUCCGUCGCAUCAUCAAUCGGUCAAAUCUUCUUUAGAUAAGUCUAUGAGUAUGGCCACUCUAUUCACUUCUUUACCGGAUAUGAGUUAUUCACUCAGCAACCUUACACAACAGGAGAGAGUCACGCGGAUAUUUGGCCCGCAGACAAUCAGUAAGGGUCGAACUCGCGCCAUAAGGGAUAUCAUAAUGUCUGGCUCGCAGCCUGCUCUACCCUACUCCUCAUCUCCUACUCACCCUAGUGAUUUUUCACUGGCUACUGAGGUAGGACCGCCUGCACCUCCAGAUGGCCCCCCUUCUUUGAGCUCUUCUCACCGAAAAAGACUUACUUACUCACUAUCGAAUACUGCACAACAGCGAAGCCAAGUAUUAAACUACACGCAUUUUGAGAGCAGAAGUAGAUCAUCUCCUUUGCAAGAUAAGGACUUUUCUGUGGAAAGUGUAUACAAAAUUCUUCAGCAAUAUAAGUCUCAGCAUAACCAGAACUUAGAAUCACCGUUUCAUGAUCUACACACGUCCAGCAAGUCACUCGAUAAGGUGGUUAGUCCCUUUGCAUUAUCUAAGCAGGCUACUCUAGCUAUCAGUGCUCCCCUGGAGCAGACUAUGCGGAGUCACGAAGUCAAUCUAUCUUCUUCCCCCCUCUCACAUAUAGACAUAUCUAUCGACUGCCCUGGACGGCUUUUACAGUGCCUUGAUCUUCUCUCUGAAGGGACCACCUCUCUGGCAGAGGACCCUAGUCUAAAGUCUUCCUCAUGUACAUGUACACACAGUAAGGAUGCAAUACCCUUUAUACAAGAAGCAACAAAUAAGGCGGGUCGGGAGGACAGUCAGCUUAGAAGCCUGGUCACCGCAAGAAGCUCUGUCAAGCAGCCACCUCGAGCUUACCAUAAGCGACGCACUCUUCUGCUGCCAUCUGAAACAAAUAGUGAUGAAUCUAGCUUUGAUUUGUUAGCAGGAGAUAACGCAAUCAUGCUUACCGACACGUCCGAUACAACUCAAGUGCUCCCUUCGUCAGACUGUCUAUCUGAUGCUCAAGUAGGCUAUGGAGUGUCUGCUGAGUUUCACAGUCCUGACAAAGAUCGCUUGCUACCACAAACACCGCGCAAUGAGACAGUGAAGCUUACUUUACUCGAGGUUGAACAGGAGCCCACUGAUAGAUUCAAUCAGACGACAAAUAACAAGAUAGUUGAUUCUCGCAUUGGCUCACUUGCUUUGCCAAACGCCUCCACAAUCUCCACUCCAAGUAGAUCUGCUGGCCCCAGUUGUGUUCGCUCUUCCAAGCAUUCCACUCCGAGUAUUCUUCCUCCGGUGGCAGCCCUGGAGAGCAUCAGGAAUUCUAACUACGCUCCCUAUGCAGCUACAGAUGCAGCUGCACACCUUAUGCGCGCCAGCACCACUGGUCACAUCUAUUUUCGAUCAUCUACCCCAACAGAACAGGACAAGGCUUCGUUUACUCAAUAUCUCAUGCACCCAGAGAGACACAGAAUGAGGUCAACGCUUGCCUCCAACAAGGGGGCCAGUGAUCCCGACCGUACCAGUACAUGGAGCUCCCGAGCCUCUGACACAAGCAUGUCUUAUGCAGAUUACAAGUCUUCUGCUAGAGGCACGCUUGCGGUACCUCGCCUUCCCAGAUAUCUUCGUUACAAUGAGUUUUAUCUGGAGCGCAUGGCCGAAUAUGGCCACGCACCGGUAGAUACAUCAGAUUUGGACUACCCGGGCUCCAGUCAUCAGCAGAGGUCAGGAAGUGAAAGCGAUGAGCACUCAUCUAUUGCAGAUCUGUCGUGGAAUACCCAGUACUAUCUGAUGAACCCUUCUUCACACAACAAGACGGUUGAAGAGAUUUAUAGACUUGCAUCUAAGCGGCCAAACAAUAUGCUCAAAAAGUUUCUUGAAGAAAAGCGCAUUAUGACUCGUCGAAGGGCGCGCUUUCGGUUUGAAGUUAUUUGCAUUGUGGCCAAGGUGCAAACACAAACGGCCCCUGACGGAGCAAUCAGCAAGCGAGUGAUUUUUGAUGUUUGCUAG